AUGUUGAACAAGAACAUUCUACUGUUGUCUCUUCAGAUAAGUCUCCUAGGAGCCACUCUUGGUGGGAAUGUUUUGAUUUGGCCAAUGGAAGGUAGUCAUUGGCUAAAUGUUGAGAUAAUCAUAGAUGAGCUGAUUAAAAAAGAGCACAAUGUGACUGUCCUAGUUGCUUCUGGUGCACUUUUCAUCAAACCGACCUCUAACCCAUCUCUGAUAUUCGAAACAUAUAAAGUGCCCUUUAGCAAAGAAAGACUAGAAGGAGUGAUUAAGGACUUUGUUUUGACAUGGAUGGAAAACAGACCAUCACCUUUAACCAUUUGGAGAUUCUAUCGGGAGAUGGCCAAAGUCAUCAAGGACUUCCACAUGGUAUCUAGAGAAAUCUGUGAUGGUGUUCUCAAAAACCAAAAGCUAAUGGAAAAGCUGAAGAAAAGCAAAUUUGAGGUCUUGGUAUCAGAUCCAGUAUUUCCGUGUGGUGAUAUAAUAGCUUUAAAACUGGGAAUUCCAUUUAUAUACUCCUUGAGGUUUUCUCCAGCCUCAACAGUGGAAAAACACUGUGGGAAGGUACCAUACCCUCCUUCCUAUGUUCCUGCUAUUCUAUCAGAACUCACCGACCAGAUGUCUUUCACUGACAGAAUAAGAAAUUUCAUUUCCUACCAUCUACAGGACUACAUGUUUAAUACUCUUUGGAAAUCGUGGGAUUCCUACUAUAGUAAAGCUUUGGAUGGUAGCCAUUGGUUAAAUAUUAAGAUAAUUUUGGAAGAGCUGAAUCAAAGAAAUCACAAUGUGACUGUACUGGCUUCAUCAGCGACUCUAUUCAUCAACUCCAAUCCUGAUUCUCCUGUGAAUUUUGAGGUGAUACCUGUUUCCUACAAGAAGAGCAAUAUAGAUUCCUUAAUUGAACAUAUGAUAAUGCUGUGGAUAGAUCACAGACCAACCCCUCUCACGCUCUGGACUUUCUACAAAGAACUAGGAAAACUCCUAGAUACUUUUUUUCGAAUUAAUGUACAAAUCUGUGAUGGAGUAUUAAACAACCCCAAGUUAAUGGCAAGACUUCAGAAAGGUGGUUUUGAUGUGUUGCUAGCUGAUCCAGUAACAAUCUGUGGAGACCUGGUUGCUCUGAAAUUAGGAAUCCCAUUCAUGUACACUCUGAGGUUCUCUCCAGCCUCAACGGUGGAGAGACACUGUGGAAAAAUCCCAGCACCUGUGUCCUAUGUGCCUGCAGCCCUUUCAGAGCUCACUGACCAGAUGACCUUUGGUGAAAGGGUUAAAAAUACCAUAUCUUAUCCUCUGCAAGACUAUAUAUUUCAAUCCUACUGGGGAGAAUGGAAUUCAUACUACAGCAAAGUCCUAGGAAGACCCACUACCUUAUGUGAGACUAUGGGGAAAGCAGAAAUUUGGCUAAUCAGGACAUAUUGGGAUUUUGAAUUUCCUCGUCCAUACUUACCUAACUUUGAGUUUGUAGGAGGAUUGCACUGUAAACCUGCCAAACCAUUACCGAAGGAAAUGGAAGAAUUUGUCCAAAGUUCAGGUGAAGAUGGCAUCGUGGUGUUUUCUCUGGGCUCAAUGGUCAAAAACCUCACAGAAGAAAAAGCCAAUCUCAUAGCCUCAGCCCUUGCCCAGAUUCCACAGAAGGUUUUAUGGAGAUACAAAGGAAAGAAUCCGGUCACAUUAGGUGCCAAUACUCAGCUCUAUGAUUGGUUACCACAGAAUGAUCUUCUUGGUCAUCCCAAAGCAAAAGCUUUUAUCACUCAUGGUGGAACCAAUGGGAUCUAUGAAGCUAUCUACCAUGGGGUGCCUAUGGUGGGAGUUCCCAUGUUUGCUGAUCAGCCUGACAACAUUGCUCACAUGAAGGCCAAAGGAGCAGCUGUGGAGGUGAACAUAAACACAAUGACAAGUGCAGACUUGCUCAAUGCCUUGAGAACAGUCAUUAAUGAGCCUUCCUAUAAAGAGAAUGCUAUGAAGUUAUCAAGAAUUCACCAUGAUCAGCCUGUAAAGCCCCUGGACCGAGCAGUCUUCUGGAUUGAGUUUGUCAUGCGCCACAAAGGAGCCAAGCACCUGAGGCCAGCUGCCCACGACCUCACCUGGUUCCAGUACCACUCCUUGGAUGUGAUUGGGUUCUUGCUGGCCUGUGUGGCAACUGCUGUAUUCUUGGUCACAAAAUGCUGUUUGUUUUCUUGUCAAAAAUUUGGUAAAACAGGAAAGAAGAAAAAGAGAGAAUAGAUCUUUCUAAGUUUGGUAAAGUCUUGUAUGGGCAAUUCUGUUCAUUCCAGCCACAAUGACCUUAAUGAAAACAUGACAUCUUCAUAUUGUUUUCAAAAUUCCCAUUGCUCUCUAUUUUAAAGUAAAGUCUAGAAUUUAACAAUAGCAUUAACUGGUGGGCAUGUCCCAUUCUUCCUUUGUCUUUUCCAGCUGGCUUUACACUCUUCCUCAAACAUUCCUGACAAAGGUACACUAAUAAAUAAUUUAAUGUUUAUUCUAUUCAUUAUAUCAAUUUUUUCUUUAUUUUUAAUCUUAAGUCAUAUGCUGACUGACAAUAUGCUAAAUCCUGGGGAACACGCAAAAUGUAAGCCAAAGUUGAUAGAUACAGGGAACACAGAGAAUAAGAUUCACAGUUCCUCUAGGAUAUACAAAGUAGGAAACCAUCAUAGGAGACCAUUAUUAGAAGAGUAAUGAUUUCACUUGUCAUAAAAAUAAGUCUUUCUGCUUUCCCAGUGUUACUGGGGUCAGAGCAUGAAUUGACAAUAAGUGUGAUGGUGCUUCACACCAGGAAAGAUCUACAAAUUCCCAUUAAACCAUAGAUAAUCAUAUGUACAUUCCUGCCUUUAGUCAGCAAGUAUUCUUGUGUGCCCUUUAGUGCAAGAAGCUGAGCACAGCCUGCAAACAAGAGAUCAACUGAAUCACUGAUUUUUUUCUCAGUGACAGAGAAUGUCAGUAGUAUAUACGUUAAGGGGGAAUAGAUAAUUUUUAGAAAAAAUAACAAGAAAAUAGGAAAAAUUUUUAAUAAUUUUAUGAAAAUGUUAAUUUAUAGUACAAUUGAUAAUAUUGAAGUUAAAUGUCAAUUCAUUAUAUUUAAAAAUCAUUAAUGCUCAUAAUCUAUAAUUGCUAUUUAUAAUCAAGGUGUAGUCUUCUGUCAAAAAACAAAUAUUCACUUGAAAGAUGCAAUUAUUAUAUUAGUUUUUAGUCUCUAUCUUCUACAAAUUUAAAUUCAUCAAUUAAUUGUUAUGCCAAAGAUGUAAGAUGUUAGCAGACCUAUUCAACCAAGGAUAUGUUGUAGUAAAUACAUAUCAAUGCAAAGCACUAAAGAGAAAUGUUUAUAUUGGAUUCAGCUUUGCAUUAAUUUAAUAAAUAGAUUAAAGAUUUUACUUUCUUUACCCAUUAUAAACUUAAUGAUAUGUCUAACUAAAGUUUUAAUCUCAGUAUUUGAUAUAUAAUCGAAGAAGUAAAUAACAUCCAUUGUCUUACUGAACUUUUUGAAAUUCUUAUCUAUUUCAAUAUGGUAUAUCAAAAAUUACUUCCAAUCUAAAAAUAAUUGUAUCACUGGAAACAUAUAAGUAUUUCCUCUUGAAUGUGUACAUUACUGAAAAUGCAAAUAAAUUCUACAAAUUCUUUUGUGAA